AUGAACCAAGCAGAUGUUACCAAAUUAGUCUCUAAGUUGCGAAUCAAAGUACCUCCGAAGCACCGUCGCCUAAGCUGUCCUGAAGGACCAGAGGGCAGAUUAAAUAAGCUGAGAAAAACUGUAACCGGUUUAAUUAAAUAUGAAAGGAUUGAACUUAAUUAUUAUCGAGGAGAUGAAGCCCGACAGUAUGCUGAAAGGUUAAUUUCCGAAGCAAUAAAUCAUGGUGAUUGUCAUAAGCCAACAAUGGAGAUGGCUGACUUUUGGCUCCUGGAAAAGGAGCUUGUUCACAAAUUAUUUAAAGUAUUAGUUCCUCGAUUUGAAAACAGUAAUUCAGCAUACACCCGUAUGUUGAAAGCACCUAAACCUGCAUAUGGCCGUUACAUAGAUAAGGCAGUUUUGGAGUUAAGAGGAAAUCCUUACCCUUCUUUGCAAAAUAAACAAACAAAUAAUCGACAGUUGCUUCAGAAUAUACUACUUGAUGCUGCUAAAUAUGACUAUAGACAAGCUAAGUAUGCUGAAAUGGCUGAAAAAAUUGAAAAAUCAGAAGAAUCUUCAAGUGUUAAAACCACAAAUAUAGAACACAAUAAUUAG